AUGUUAUUCACCUUGGCUGGCUACGACAAGGAGAUAGGCCCUUCCCUAUACUACAUCGAUUAUAUUGCAUCCCUUCACAAGGUUGACAAGGCAGCAUUUGGUUAUGGGUCCUAUUUUUCACUUUUUAUGAUGGACAGACAUUACCCCAGCAACAUGACAUUGGAAGAAGCUGUUGAUCGAGUCGACAAGUGCAUAAUGGAGAUUCGGUCUAGGCUGGUUGUGGCCUCGCCAAAUUUCGUCAUCAAAAUUGUUGACCAGGAUGGAGCUAGGGAGUAUGCAUGGCGCAAAUCUAUUAAGGAUGCUGCUCACAUUUCUACAGCUUGA